AUGGACAAGUGUUCACUGGGCAAAGGUGUCCUCAGUUUACCUGAAAGCCUGAACUUGCACAGGGACCAGCAGCGGUCAGGGCGAGGCAGCGAGAGCCAUGGAUACACCCAGACUGAACAACGCACACUGGAGCAGUCUCUUCUGGCCACACGAGUGGGCAGCAUUGCAGAGCUUAGUGAUUUGGUGACCAGGGCCAUGCACCACCUCCAGCCUCUGCACAUUAAGAACUCCAGCAACGGAACCCCCGUGCACCAGAAGAGCAGCAGUAUGAUGCUGCACUGGGAGCCAGAGGCCCUCUACACCCUCUGCUACUUCAUGCACUGCCCCAACAUGGAGUGGGAGAACCCCAAUGUGGAGCCCUCAAAGGUCACAUUACAAACUGAAAGACCGUACAUGGUGUUACCUCCUCUGAUGGAGUGGAUUCGAGUUGCCGUUGCUCACACGGAACAUCGGCGAAGUUUCUCUGUGGACAGUGAUGAUGUGAGGCAGGCGGCGCGGCUGCUGCUGCCCGGAGUAGAUUGUGAGCCACGACAAGUGAAAGCUGAAGAUUGCUUUUGCGCCACCAGAAACCUUGAUGCGUCAUCAACUGAGGCCAAGUUCCUGCAGGACCUGGGUUUCCGAAUGUUGAACUGUGGACGCACAGAUCUGGUUAAGCAGGCUGUCAACCUGCUGGGUCCUGAUGGCAUUAACAGCAUGAGUGAACAGGGGAUGACCCCUCUGAUGUACGCCUGUGUCCGUGGAGAUGAGGCCAUGGUCCAGAUGCUUCUUGAUGCAGGAGCGAACAUUAACAGUGAGGUGCCAAGCACAGUAAACAAGCACCCCUCAGUUUAUCCUGACACGCGCCAGGGGACACCACUCACAUUCGCCGUGUUACACGGACACGUCCCUGUUGUGCAGUUGUUGCUGGAUCAUGGAGCCAGUGUAGAGGGCGCCCUGCAGGACGGGGCAGAGAACUACACCGACACCCCCCUCCAGCUGGCGGCGGCUGCAGGUAACUUUGAAUUGGUCAGUUUGCUGCUAGAAAGGGGAGCAGAUCCUAUGAUAGGGACCACAUGUCGGAAUGGUAUCUCCUCGUCUCCACUUGGUGACAUGACUUCAUUCAGCCUGGCUGCAGCUCAUGGGCACAGGAAUGUCUUUCGGCGGCUGCUGUCCCAGUCGGAAAAGGACAAAGCAGACGUCAUGUCCCUGGAGGAGAUCCUGACUGAGGGCCCGGAGCCGGGUGAGAAGAGACUCGGCCCGCACGUUAACGGAGGAGGGACUCUGCGAACAGGAAAGGCCAAACUGAGAGCUCUGAGAGAGGCCAUGUACCAUAGCGCAGAGCACGGCCAUGUGGAUAUCACCAUAGACAUCCGCAGUUUAGGCGUUCCCUGGACGCUGCACACUUGGCUCGAAACCCUUCGGGCUUGUUUUAUGCAACACCGCCGGCCGCUGAUCCAGGGUCUGCUGAAAGACUUCUGCUGUAUAAAGGAGGACGAGUACACUGAGGAGCUGAUCACCCACGGGUUACCUCUCUUGUUCCAGAUCCUACGGACUAACAAGAACGAAGUGAUAAGUCAGCAGCUGUCUGUCAUUUUCACCCAAUGUUAUGGGCCGUUCCCCAUCCCAAAGCUGACAGAGAUCAAAAAGAAACAGAUUUCUCGCUUAGACCCCCACUUCCUCAAUAAUAAAGAUAUGUCCGAUGUCACUUUUCUGGUGGAAGGGAAACCAUUUUAUGCACAUAAGGUUUUAUUAUUCACAGCGUCAGCGAGGUUCAAGUCUUUGCUUCAAAAUCGGCCAGCAGCAGAAAACACCUGUAUAGAGAUCAGCCAUGUUAAAUAUUCCAUAUUUCACCUAAUCAUGCAGUACUUAUACUGUGGAGGUACUGAGACCCUUCACAUAAGAAACACAGAGGUGAUGGAGCUCCUGUCGGCAGCAAAGUUCUUCCAACUAGAGGCCCUUCAGAGACACUGUGAGAUCAUCUGCUCCAAGAAUAUCACCACUGAAACAUGCGUGGACCUCUACAAGCACGCCAAGUUUCUGGGGGCAUUGGAGAUGACUGCUUUCAUUGAGGGGUAUUUCCUAAAAAACAUGGUGCUGCUGAUUGAAUUGGAGAACUUCAAGCAGCUGUUGUUUGAACCGUCUCCGCCGGAGAGUCCCAGCUCCAGUCCUGGCACCUGCUCUGACAUCCUUCUCGAUCUGGAGAAAACUCUGGCCACACGCAUCCACUCCAUCCACCUGUCUACGUCCAAGGGCUCAGUGGUGUGA